AUGGCACUUAAUUUUCUAUCUCCAGCUGAAAUCAAGGCUAUCUCUUUCUUGGAUUCUACCAAAUCCAAUCACCUACCUAAACUUCCAGGCGGGCUUAAUUUGAGGAGGAAGGACCGAGGAGGGAGAAGAAUUGAGUGUUCUGUUCAGAAUCAGCCACCUCCAGCUUGGCCAGGAAGAGCUUUUCCAGAACCUGGACGCAAGACUUGGGAUGGUCCUAAGCCUCUAUCAAUUGUUGGAUCUACUGGUUCCAUUGGAACUCAGACAUUGGAUAUAGUAGCGGAGAAUCCAGAUAAAUUCACAGUUGUGGCACUUGCAGCUGGUUCAAAUGUAACUCUUCUUGCUGAUCAGGUGAGGACAUUCAAGCCUCAACUGGUUGCUGUUAGAAAUGAGUCAUUAGUUGAUGAACUCAUAGAGGCACUGGCAGAUGUUGAGGAAAAGCCUGAGAUUAUUCCUGGGGAGCAAGGAGUUGUAGAGGUUGCUCGUCAUCCAGAUGCUGUCAGCGUAGUUACUGGAAUAGUAGGUUGUGCAGGCCUAAAGCCUACGGUUGCUGCGAUAGAAGCAGGAAAAGACAUAUGCUUGGCUAAUAAAGAGACAUUAAUUGCUGGAGGUCCUUUUGUCCUCCCUCUUGCUCAGAAAUAUAAUGUAAAAAUUCUUCCAGCUGAUUCUGAACAUUCUGCCAUUUUUCAGUGUAUUCAAGGCCUGCCUGAGGGUGCAUUGCGGCGCAUCAUUUUAACUGCUUCUGGUGGGGCUUUCAGGGAUUUGCCUGUUGAAAAAUUGAAAGAAGUUAAAGUAGCUGAUGCUUUGAAGCAUCCCAACUGGAGUAUGGGUAAAAAGAUUACUGUAGACUCUGCUACCCUUUUCAACAAGGGUUUAGAAGUCAUUGAAGCCCACUAUUUGUUUGGAGCAGAAUAUGAUAAUGUUGAUAUCGUAAUUCAUCCACAGUCUAUAAUACAUUCAAUGAUUGAAACACAGGAUUCAUCUGUUCUCGCACAGUUGGGGUGGCCUGAUAUGCGCUUGCCUAUCCUUUACACAAUGUCAUGGCCAGACAGAGUUUACUGUUCUGAAACAACAUGGCCUCGCCUUGAUCUUUGCAAGCUUGGAUCACUAACUUUUAAAGCUCCCGACAAUGUAAAAUACCCAUCUAUGGAUCUUGCCUAUGCUGCUGGACGGGCUGGAGGCACCAUGACAGGAGUCCUCAGUGCUGCUAAUGAGAAAGCUGUAGAAAUGUUCAUUGAUGAGAAGAUAAGCUAUCUUGACAUUUUCAAGGUUGUGGAGCGAACAUGUGAGAAGCAUCGAGCAGAAUUAGUGGUCUCACCCUCUCUGGAGGAAAUUAUACAUUAUGACUUGUGGGCGCGAGACUAUGCUGCUAGCUUGCAAACCUCUUCUGGUCCAAGACCUGUUUUUGCUUGA